AUCAGGUGAUCUGUGUUUUUAAGGCUUGGUGACUACAAGGUACAACAACAACAACAGAAAAUAUCUUCUUCCUUGGUUCUCUGGAGGUCCUCCCCUGAAAGGAGUGAAUUUCAUGAGGCCUCUUAUAGACCCUGUGCAUCUUUAGGAAAAAGCCCAUGAUCCUGCCCUAGCCAAGGCAUUGAUCUAUGCUGAAUCUCGCUUUCCACAUCCAUAAAAUGGUAGCAAUUCCACUCAGCAGCUCUCAAUGGACUCAGCUGACCUUUCUGAAACCUAAGACAGAUCCCACUUUUUUUUUUUUUUUUUUUUGAGACAGAGUCUCACUCUGUCACCCAGGCUGGAGGGCAGUGGAGUGAUCUAGGCUCACUGCAACCUCUGCCUCCCGGGUUCAAGUGAUUCUCCUGCCUCAGCCUCCCAAAUAGGUCAGACUAUAAGCAUGUGCUACCAUGCCCAGCUAAUGUUUGUAUUUUUAGUAGAGAUGGGGUUUCACCAUGUUGGCUAGGCUGGUCUCGAACUGCUGACCUCAAGUGAUCCGCCUGCCUCGGCCUUCCAAAAUGCUGGGAUUACAGGCAUGAGCCACCGUUCCCAGCCAGAACCCACUUUUUAAUUUCCAUUCUUCUAUUACCCAUUUUGGUAACUGAGUAUAUAAUUUAUGUAAUGAACAUUUACUGAAUUCUUUCCAGAGCCAGGUGCUGAGAUUCAGGGAUGAAUAUGAUAUGGAUGGCACAAGAUCCCAAUCAGACGAGACAGAUGGACUAGAACACAGGCAGGUGGAAGGCAGGGUGGUGGGUUUACCAGCAGGACUGGCUGGGCAGCCCUGAAUGGGGGAGGAAGUAGGCGGUCAACCUCACCAGGGCUGGGGGUCUUUGACUCAUGUUUUCCUUAUUGUAGAACAUGUUCCCCAAUGAGAAUUUAGAAAAAUACAGACAUGACUGCAUUCUGAAGGAUGGAUGGAUUUUCCUUCCACCCAGUUUGUUUGCAGCCGUUCCUUUGCCUACAGCUCUCUUUCCAACCAGGCCUCAGUGUUUCUGCUUCCUGAGCCUCUGGGAAGCCUGUGGCUCCCCUUCAUUUCAUUGGCAUUUGCCAGGGGAAGUCUUUGGAGAAUCCUGGUGGCAGCCACAUUCUGUGAACCCAGUAGCGUCUGCGGUCUUCAUCCACUGCCAUUUACAGAACCGAAGUGCGAGGGGAGCACUGCUCUCCAUCUGGCAUCUGAAGGGAAGAAGCAAGACCUGGAGACAAAGUGGGAACUGCCAGGCUUCUUCAUGACACCAGGACUGCUGCAGAGGGAGCUGGGGUGGUGGGGCCUCCACCCGAGUCACCAAGAGCCUGGCACCGUGGAAGCUGUCCCCAUACCCUCACCCCUUAUGGAAAAGCCGAAGGCCCUGUGCCUGCCCUAGGCACCAAGGCUGGUGUAAGGGUCCCUGGAGAAACUCAAAUGUGGAGGCUGAAGCAGUCACAGGGAGGGAGGGAGGGAGGCAGGCAGGAUUACACAGGGGGUGGGCCUUCAGCAGGCCUGCUCUCUGGGGCAAGCGCUACCCCUGCGGAUGCCAUCCCCAAAAUGAACGGCAGCAUUGGGGACAAAUGUAAAUCACACACCCAGACGUUCUAUGAUUUUCUUUUUGCCUCUUGUGGAGUAGUUUACAGGUAUGAUGAGGUGAGAAGGAAGCCAUCAGCUAGAGAUUAAGAAGAAAAAUGAAAAAUGCUCCUCUUCGCAAGGCGCGCACGCACGCACGCACACACACAAUUACACACAGCGUCCUAGGCAACCUCGCCCAGCGCGGCCCACUACAGAGCCCCUUCCUGGAACUCCCAUGGAGCUGGGGUGCAGGGGAAGCCUUGGAGAGACAUAGCUCCUGGGGACCCUAAGGCCACUCAGGUUUCUCGGCCCGAGCCACGGUGGGGCAGCUGCUUUGUGCGUGACCUCCAAAGUCAGGACCUGGCCUGUCCUUUGUGGUAGGGUCGCGUUCCAAGCCGGGUCACCGCAAGACGGAUCCCGCCAGGCCUCUCCAGCGAUGUUCUGCCUCCCUCCCGCAUCUGAGCCUCUGCACAUCCCGCAGGCAGCAAGGCAGAGAGCCCCGACGCGCCGGGGCAAGUGACAGGGGUCACCCAGCAGAGCUCGCGGAAAUGGGAGGCGCCUUCUGGGCGCGCCCUAUGGGGCUGCUCCGGGAGGUGGCCGCCAGGGGGGCGCAGUGUCUCGGAACGCGAGGACCGCGGGGCCAGCUGGCGUUGCCAGGCUCGCCGCCGUGGCCGUUGCCAGGUGACCCGCCGCUGUUUACCGUGGGGCGGAGCGGAGCGCCAGGCUCGCUGUACUCGCGCACCCACCAUGGCCUCCCGCAGCGCGGGCACCCUACUGACCGAGUUCAAUGCUGCCUACGUGCCCCCUGGACUCAUGCCCGGGCAGCGCCCGUUCUGUUGGUGAGGAGACCGAGGCCCAAGGCACAGGGAAAGACCCCAGAAGAGCAGCCAAAGGCUUGGAGAGAACUCCCAGGCGGGAGCUGUGGACUGGGUUCAUCUGCACACAGGAGGUGGCUACGGCCAUGGCAUGGCUGCCAUCACCCAAGACAGACCCCGGAGGUUCACCAGUGCUUAAGAGGCGGGCAGAGGAGAAGGCUCAUGAAGGUGUGGUCAGAGAUGUUGGCAAAAGCAACAGAAAGGAGCAAAGGUGUCAUCCAAACCAACAGCAGCAUUUCAGGAAGGGAGAGGUACCAGGGCCACGUCCCCACUGUGGCCUUCUCCUUUGGCGCUCCCUACGGCACCACCACCCUCAAGUACUUCCAGGACCACCGCAACGCAGCCAUGGAGAAGAGCCACACUCCCUUCAGCCAAGGCGGCCACUUCCCCACCAUCUUCUCCACCAACCCCAACCUCCUGCUGAUGGAGCGCGCCAGCACCCGGGACCGCUGGCUGCACAAGCCCAGCUACACUCGCUUCAACCUGGACAGCCAUCGCUCCACAGAGCUUACGAAUUUCUACCAGAUGGUCCAGCAGCAUCGGAAGUACUAUCAAGACAAGACGGGCACGGUGCCUCGAGUCCCCUACUUUGCGCUGCCCGUGAGGGAGCCGGAACGGUACCCCCUCCCCACCGUCCUGCCUCCUCUGUGCCCGAAGAAGAAGUGGCACCUUUUAAGACUAGCCCCCGAGAACCUGAAGACCUACCAGACCUUCCCAUCAGGGAAGAGGGUCUCUCCACAGGAGCGGAAAAAGAGAGACUGCUACUUUGAGUUCAGAGCAUAAGACUUUAAGUUCAGAGCAGAGCCUGAUGCCUGAGAUCCUGGGUCGUGACCAGCCUGGCUUGCUUGGAAUAAAAUCUUUAGCCAUGA